UUAUUUAUUUUUAAUGGUCGUUGACUUGCUUCCGGGUCAUCGUACGUGUAACCGCAGACAACAGUUAUGGAGCGUGUUCAACCGUUCGUGAGUUUAAUAGAAUUUUACUUUGAAAUUGGCUUGAAAUACAAAGACAUUAAAUCUGUUCUUGAUGUUAAGUACGGUUUCCAAAUAAGUGAAAGACAUUUGAAGCGAGUGCUGAACCAAAGAGGACUAUUUCGUCGGAAAACGUUCAAUGACUUGGCAGUCCUCGUUGACUUCAUUCGCAACCAAUUGCAGCAUUCCGGACAACUACACGGUUACAGGUGGAUGUACAGUAAGUGCAGAGAAUAUGGACUUCUUGUCAGGAAAGAGGACGUUCGUCUGGUCCUGAAAGAGUUGGAUCCGAGAGGAGUGUCGUUAAGGCAAGCAAGACGUCUGAGACGGCGAAACUACUUCUCCAAAGGGCCAAAUUUUAUAUGGCACAUGGACUCCUAUGACAAACUGAAACCAUUUGGAAUUUGUAUCAAUGGGGCUAUUGAUGGUUUUUCAAGGAAAAUAAUGUGGCUCAAUGCCUACAUAACAAGUAGUGACCCGAAGUUGAUUAGGGGUUACUACAUCGACGUUGUGCACCGUUUGGGGGGUUGUCCUCGAAUCGUUCGAGCUAAUCUUGGGACUGAAAAUGGUCACGUCAAAGGCUUUCAGCGUUUCCUCGUGCCAAUACCGCCAGGCAGCACUCUUGACAGUUACUUGGACGGAGCCAGCACCGCCAAUCAAAGAAUUGAAUAUUGGUGGCGGUUUCUUCGCAGCCAGUGCAUGGAGUUCUGGUUAUCCCUCUUCACAGACCUCAGAGACAAUGGCUUCUUUGAUGGUGGAUUUCUGGACAAAAACAUCCUACAAUUUUGUUGCAUGGGACUUAUUCAGGAUGAGUUGGAUGACACGGCCUUAGUUUGGAACAGCCAUCUCAUCAGGCCCUCAAAGAACAUGAAUGUCCCCAGUGGUCGGCCCAACGUGAUGUAUACGUUACCUGAACCUUAUGGUACAACGGACUUCCUCUCCCCAGUUGACAAUGAACAAGUUCAACUGUGCAAAAGCCAGUGUGUCUUCCGUUUGACCAUGCCUUGUGAUCCAGAUGUAUUUGCAUUGUGUGGCUACGAAUGCAUCAUGAAGCCCCUGAAUGCCAAGUGGUUGAUAAGUCUCAAGCGUCAGUGUCAGCUCCAGGAGUGA